GGUCUUCUCUUCGGCCACUCAAUUCCUACGCGUCAUGUAAAGGACUUCUAGAAACAGCCGUCACAGACAUCUAUUCAUCUCAUAUCCAACCAGCCACCACAAUUACAGCAGAGAAUUCUCUCGAAAGACGUGCAGGCGAUGGCUUUCCGGUCUGCAUGACUGUUACAUGGCGAAGUCACGCAACGCUGCAUGGGUUGUCUUCCGUGGGAGGAAACCCGGGGUAUACUCCAGUUGGGAUGAAACCAACGAGCAGGUAACUGGCUUUUCAAAUGGGGAACAAUAUGGAUUCAAGACCUUCCUCGAGGCGAGUUUAGCUUGGGAAGAAUGGCAGAGAAAAAUCACUGCUAUGGUUGCCGCUUCUGCUCCCCCACCAGCUCCGCAACAACCUCCACAACCAUAUAAAAAUCCAGCAAGGGCUUGGCAAGAGUCCCUAAUUCCUGUUCCAUCGUGGAUUAAACCACCUGCGCGGCCACAGACGUCCGUAGGAGCAAGACCUGCGGAUGCGAGCCAAGAUCCGUGGCAGCCGUCGACCUCCCAACCAGCGCCAUAUUACUAUGACCCUCCUCCUCUUCCUGAACCACUAAUGCCAGGAAACUCGAAUAUCCGAAGACUCGCAGACAAUACGAUAUAUUAUCCUCAAUUACAAUCUCCGCCACAAACAUCUCAAGACUCCUCGAGCCCGCUCCUGCUAUCGAGGCAUUUUACCAAUUUACCCAAGCCAGCGGGCUAUAUCGAUAUCGCCUAUCCUUCUCCUCCACCACCAGAGUUUAUACCAGCAAUUAAAAGAUCUGCAAGUUAUGUGGAUCUUACAGAUGAAUUUGACAAUGAAGAACCAGUUACCAAGAGGGUCAUGCAGGAGGUGCCAGGAUUUACAGAGGCAUCAGCACCGGUAGUACUCACGGCCGAAGAACGCUACGAACUCGAUCAACUAGAACGGCGCCCAAAGCCAAAACCAAUCCACGAUGAGACAAAGAUUGAGCUCUCCCCAGAGCAAGAGGAGGUAGUCAACCUGGCUAUGCAAAAGAACAACAUUUUUCUCACCGGCGCUGCGGGAUGUGGGAAGACUGUUACGCUGAAAGAGAUCUUGGCUAGGCUGAAGAAGAAGAAGACGGGGGGAAAUGCGCAGGUUGUUGCUCCGACGGGCAUCGCGGCCCUGCCGUUGGAGGGGAAGACUACGUAUUCUUUUGCUGGCGUAAGUGGGAAUUUGUUGAAAGGAGCAGGCAGGAGAUCUAACUUGAGCGGCAGUGGAAUCCAGACUCUAUGCGGAAAAGCAUUGAUGAACUACUUAAGAAGCCGAAGAUUAGCGUCAUCAAAGCUAUUAAUGAUCUGGACGUCCUUGUUGUCGAAGUCAGUACCCGUCCGACUUCUUGGCUUGAUUUGACGAGUGAUUGCUGAGUACAAAUCCAGGAGAUUUCGAU